AGGAAAGCCCAAUUGGAGUACAGAAUAAGAUUAUAAAAUUAGUGAAAGAAAAGAAAGUGGAUGCGCCAUCAUCAGCUGUUCAUUAUGAUCGCCUUGAAAGUAAUCAAGGAAAAGCAAAUAUAAUGUGCCACCGACCACCAGAGUAUGUUGGACGUCCUGUGGUUUGGUUUUGUGAUAUCUUUGUUCAAUUUCAUCAAGAUUUAAAAAAUGCAGAACCAGUUCCAAAAAAAUAUUAUGAUAUUGCAUUGAAACUGUGCAAGGAGAUGUCAAAAACUUAUCCUAAUGAAAAUGCUAGAACAAAAGCUUUUGAUGACUGUUUUUCUGAUGACUCACCAUUCUAUAAUUUUAAGAAAAUUGUUUUAGAAAAUGAUCGACUAAGUGAUGGAUUUCUUUUGCAUCACAUAAAAGAUGCCUUAAUUGGAAACCGUGAGUUUAAAAAUGAAAUCGGAACUGGUCAUGUGGAUCCAUAUCUCCAAGGUGUAUAUUCAUGGCUCAAUUAUUGGUCAACUGAUAGAGGUGAUUUUUGGCGUAAACAAUGUUGUUGUCCAGUGGUAGAUCCAUUAACACCUUACAUUCCUUUGAUGCUAUCUAUGGAUACUCAUAACAUGAAAUUUAUUGCACAGCUCUUGUGGGCUUUGGAGAGAGGAUUUAAUAAUCUUAAAGAAUAUUAUGAUAAAGUUGUUUCAACUAAAAUCAAUUUCAAUCUUCAUCUUGAUGAAUCUAUUGCUCCUCAAUGGUUUUUUCCUAAAAACACUGUGAAAAUUAAUAAUAAAGAUCAGAAAAUAAUAUAUAUCAAACCAGUAAAGAAAAAGCUAGAGCAUGCAAAUAUCUAUUUGGCAAAAAUACAGACUGAUACAAAUAAUUCACAACUUAUUAUAGUUAAAUUUUCACUUAAAUAUAAUUUUGAAGCACAUCAAAUUUGUGCAAAUCAAGGUUAUGCACCAAAAUUUAUUACUGUAAAUGAUGUGGGAAAUUGGAAGAUGAUAAUUAUGGAAUAUAUUGAUGGUGAUAUACUUCAAGAAAAGCCAGAUGAUAAUGUUUUUAAUAAUAUUCAAACUGCAAUUCAACUUUUACAUAAUGAAGAUAUUGUGUUUGGUGACCUAAGAAUGUGUAAUAUAAUGGUUAGAAAGUCUGAUAAAAAAGGAAUGUUGAUUGAUUUUGAAUGGGCUGGAAAAGAAAAUAUAGAUUGUUAUCCACCAUUUAUGAAUUAUAUAGAAGUAGAUUGGCCAGUAGGUGCAAUAGAUGAUCAACCUUUAAAAAAAGAACAUGAUUUAAUUUGGUUAUAA